ACCAGCAAAAAUGAAAGUAUUCACUUCUCUUCUCGUCGCCUCCGCAAUUUUUGCAUCCGUGCUCGCUAAUCCCCUUCAACGAGUUGUUGGCGGCGAAGAUGCCGCUCCUCACGAAUUUCCGUACCAAAUUAGUAUUCGAUCCGAGAAAGGCACCCAUCACUGCGGCGGAAGCAUUUUGAACGAAAAUUACAUUUUGACUGCUGGACAUUGCAUAGUUCCCGAAGGAUCCGUCGUCGUUGCUGGUGCUCAUAACAUCGCCAAGCCAAGCGUGAACGAACAACGUCGAAAGAUUGAAAAAUUCAUCGUUCACAAAAAAUAUCCCGGAAAAGUUGGACCUUAUGACAUUGGACUCAUUAAAGUUGAUAAGCCUUUUGUGUUGAAUGAAUUUGUUCAAACGAUUGCCUUGCCGGAAAGUGGAGUUUAUCCUGAAGGUGCAGCUGUUAUUUCGGGAUGGGGAUCUACAAGUCGAGAAUUUUUCCCAACUUAUCCUGAUGUUCUUCAAAAAGCAAUUAUUCCGAUCCACACCGAAAAAGUUUGCUUCCAAAUAUGGGACUCGAGUCCUUAUGAUAAGAAAAAUGUCUGCGCCGGUGAAUUAGAUGGCUCCAAAUCUGUCUGUUCAGGAGAUAGCGGCGGUCCAUUGGCACAAAAAGUUGGAGAGGAAAAUGUUGUUGUUGGAAUCGUUUCAUGGGGAAAAAUUCCUUGUGGAAGCAAAGGAUUCACUGGCGUAUUCACGCUUGUGUCUUCUUACAUCGACUGGAUUCAAGAAAAUAUGGAAAAUUAAAAAAAACUAUAUUAAAUAUUAUUAUUAAAUAUUUUUAAAUAUUAUUUAAAUAUUUAUAAUUUAAAUAAAAAAUUCAAUUAAAAUAAAUCUUAAAAAUUUUUUUAAUAA